UUGACUGCUGAACUGAGACUGGACAACUGUUUAGUCAGGAGAGCGCACAAAGGGAUGAAACAGACUUUUUUUUCAGAGCUCAUUUGGACCUAAGCAAUUUUGGGUUUUUUUGUUUUUUUCUUAUUGGGACACUAGUCAUGUCUGAGAGCAUUGUGAGGAAGGUGCAGCCCUUUACCAUUGGGACAAGGCUGUCAGCUCCUGCUGUGGCAAAAUGUCAGGAUUUUACACAGAGUUAUCUGCCCGGCGAGACUCUGGAUAACUGUGUGCUGCAGCACAAUCUGAACUCGCUCUACCUCAGUGGAUCACAGGUGUGUGCGCAUGGACCCUGUCUCGUCUCGCCGAUUGUCAAGCAGGUAGCCCCCGUGAAACACAACCAAGACCGGAUGGCAGCGGAGGACCAGCUGAACCAGAACGUUGCCUCUGCCUCUGCUGUCUCCAGAUCAAUAAAGAAGAUCACAAUCUCUGGGAACAAAGACAGACCAGAGAACAAGAUGACAGCAGAGCCUGCAAUUACACGGUGCACAUCUGAAAACAACAAUAACAACAACAACAUCAGCAGCACAUCAGACGUACAUCUGCCAAGGAUAGUGGGUGUGAGCUGUGAGAAUAAGCCCACUUCUCAAUUUAAGGUUUUACUCAAAAAAGAGAGCAGCGAUGAAUUUCAGCCCAUGCAGGGACAAACCAGACCGAAAACGAACAGAGAGAAAUCCCUACAACAGAUAUCAGUACCUGAACCGCAGGAGGAUGAGCCUCAGAGGAAAGAAAGCCAUCCAUGCACACCGAUUGAAGGGUCGGCAGCUGUUACACCCCCAAGUGACUGCUUCACUCAGCGCAACUCACUCUUCAGCAAGGAAGUACUGCAGGCUGAGGCGUGGAUCAAAGGCAAGCUACAGGAUUUGAAGGAUGGAUGUAAUAUUCAGUGCUGCCCCCUGGAGGAUUGGGAAGACGCCUCACAAUUGCUUCAGAGAGAUCUUAAAGACUUUGAGAACACCCUGAUUCAACUCAACCAGAUGGGUGAGCAGCUGAUCUGUAAACUGAAUCCCACAUCUGAUUUGGUAAAGAAGCAGCUCAGUCAGCUCAGGGACCAGUGGCAGACCCUCAAACAGAUGGCUGCAAAUCAGAUGAGGGCCCUAGGAGGAGCCAAGAAUCUGCAGGAAUUCAACAAAAAGGUGGACAAGCUGGAGGCAUGGAUUAAAGAGAAGCAGGAAGAGGAACAGUGUCUGGUGAAUGUCCUGGGGGAAAAUGUUGACAAAAUGCAGUUGACUAGAAGAAUUUUAGAUCUGAAACAGGAUGAGCAGCUACACAGAAAUCUCCAUGAGGAAAUCAACAACUUGGCACUGAAACUGGAGAAACAAGGGAAGACAGAUAGCAAAAACAUAUCCAGCAGGAGGAAACACAUCAAUAAAAUGUGGCUGAAGAUGCAGUCGCAUCUGAAAAACUACCAUGAAAAUCUUCAUCUGGCCCUGGAAGUGUCCUCAUUUUACCAGCAGGCUGAUAAUAUAUUAUUUGCUAUAAACAGCAUGAGGAAAAACAUGUCUGUAUUGAAAGACGUGGACAGCUUUGGAGAUAGAGAAAUGCGUGAGAUCGCCAGUCAGAUCAUGAUGCUUGAUGUGAGUGUAUCCCAGCUGUCGAAUCUCCGUCCCGCCCUGGCUGCCAGUGUCACACGGAAGCAGAGUGAGGUGAAGGAUUGCUGGGUACUUCUUCAGAAGCUUUUCAGGAGUGACAAGACCACGCUCUCUCUCUCUGGCUCCACUUUCACCAGGGAAGAUUCUGACCUCCUGACACUGGCCCAAGAACCCCAGUGCAACAUGGGAAUGGAGGCAAAUUGUAUCAUGGGAAAGGAGGUGAAGGAGGAGAAGAAUCAUCUGAAAGGCUGUGCUAGUACUGCUGACGGUGGGAGUGGUAGACGAACACAGAGCUGCCAAAGCCAGGAGCAGCAAUCAGUGAACCACACCUCUUUACCAAUGAGAGACAGCCCUGUCUGCACUGAUGAUGCUAUCGUCGGAAAUCAAUUGAAGGGGGAAAGCAGGAAGCCCAGAACAGAACCCAAGAUUGCCACCCCCUCUCCAGGCCACCCACAGCUUCACAUACAGCUUCAGAGGUUCACUGUGUCUGCUGACAAGACUUUGUCAUGGCUCAAAGACAACGUGUCCAUGGCUACACAGGUGUGUUCAAUAGCCAGUUUUGAGGGUCUGGAAGCAGCAAAGAGGUGUCAGCAAACCGUUGAGCAGGAAAUCCUUAACAACCGAGCCAGGAUAGAGGUGGUCAAAAAGGAGGGCCACGGGCUGGUCCGGGCACAGCACCCGGGAAGCGCAAAGAUCGAGGAGUUCCUUGGCCAGCUGGAAGUCCUGUGGGAAGAACUGAGGAAGAGACACCAAAGGAAUGCUGUCUUUCUCCAGGCCUCAGAAGAGCUGGGUUUUAGGGUUGUGAAAGUGCUCCAGGCCCUUGGCAGCUUGGAGGCCUGGCUGGAGUCUGUGGAGCUUUCCAUGAAGGAAUCUGUCUUAGCCGGUGACCCCGAAACAAUGAGCAUGGCUGAGAGGGAAAGCCGUUUGCUGGAGAAAGAGGUGGCAUCCCGCAGCCUGGAACUCAGUGCUCUGAGGCAGGAGGUGGACCGCCUUCAUAGUCACAGCCACCCACGUACACGAGGGCUACCGGCACGCAUGGAGGAGGUGGAGAAAAAGUACCACCGUGUCCAGAGUGCCCUGACCCAGCAGAGCUCUGAGCUGCAGGACACGCGCAUGCUGACUGAGUUCCUGGAACGUGUGGAGCUGGAGGAAAGCCAGGAUCUCAGUGGCAGUCAGUACAGAUUAGGGCAGCCUCUCCACAGUGAAAAUUCCCCAGCUCCUACUUUGCUGACACUUCAGAACAGCGGCAGUGGUGAGCCUCUGUUAGAAACCAUGGGAGACCCCGUGGAAGAGCUACGAGAGGCUGUAGAGAUGCUGAAUGACACAGUGAGAGAAAGAGGUCGGUCACAAAGCCACGACCAGGCUAUCCAGGAGCUGAUGAGCAAGCAUGCCAGCCUGGCAGUGCGUGUGGAGGAGUGCGUGUGCUUCAGCAAGGAUCUGAGCCUGGACAUCCUGGAGAAGGAGACAGACAUGGCCAUCCAGUGUGAGCCAGAUCGCUGUGGCCUAGAGGCUCUGCGGGAGGAGCAGGACCACCUGGAGAUUGACUACGAAAUCAUCAGGGAGGAGGUAAAGGAGUUGCAGGACCAGGCUUCUCGACUGAAGGAUCUGUGCCCAGAGAGAGUGCACGUACUAGAUGCAAAAAUUCAGGCUACACUGCAGGCCUGGAACGAGCUGGGAAAGAGCGUGAUAGAGAACAAAUCACGUCUGAAAGAGUUUGCGCAGCUCCAGGACUUCUUCAGGAGCUACCUCGCCAUGAUCUCAUGGACAGAAGACACCAGGUCAUGCAUUUUCUCAGAUACCACCUUGCAUUUUGGGAAAGACGGGCAGACAUCACUGGUUGCAGAGCUGGAUAUGCAAAUUGAGCAAAAGUUUGAGGAGUUUGAUGAGCUGGCCGCCACAGGCAAAAAUCUUUUAGACAAGGAGCACCACCUCACACAAAUGGUAAGAGAGCGUAUGGAGGAACUGAGGAGUAUGCUCGGGUGGAUCUUGGUACACUGGAGGGCUCAAAAGCAACAGUGGCUCCACAAGAAGAGCAGACAGGAGCCUUCACAGGACAACAUUUACUUUGAGGCGACAAUGGGCCCACCAUCAACAGAGAAUUCAGCUCCUGAGCCAGAGCCCUUCCAUUCUCAUCAAUCCCCAGUUGUCACCCCUACUGAAGACACAACAAAGGCAAGAAAUAGCCAGCCAUUGUGUUUGGUGCCCAGUCAUGCUGAGAAACAUAAAGAGGAGCCAUCAGAAGAUGGGUAUGAGAUCAUGAACAGCAUUGGACCCCAGGAUGAUCCUCCUAAAGCCAACGUGCUGGUGCUUAAAGAGGGCAGCAGCCCUCCUGUAGGGGGAACAGUCAACCUCAUCCUUAGCUUUGGUAACACAGGGGACAGCCAGGUUCAGGUACUUGACCUGCCUGCUGGGACAAAAGAGGUAGUGGAGGAGACCUCUGAGCCUGUCCACAGGCCCACUGUGCCUCAAUCUUCUGCCUAUAAAAACUUUUGGAGGCGCUGCCAGGGGCUUUUGGAAAAUACUUUGGGUAGUUUAAAGCGAAAGAGAAAGAUUUAUCGGCAGAGUGCAAAUGAGGUAAGUACCUACUUGCAUGUCAAGGAUAACAACCUGGCUGCGGCCCCUGUGUAUGAGAGCAUCACCUUGCCCCGCCAAAAAAGCCGCUCCACAGCCUCAGCCUCCCCGACUUUCUUGCCAUCCUCCUCUUUGCCAUCCUCCUCAGCACCUGCACUUCAGGGAACCAACGUAACUUUCCACAACACGACAGGGAACGGAGGCAGCUCCAUCUUCAGCAGCAUCAAGAGAAUGGGCAAGAAGCGGAAGAGGAAGAGAGACGCGCGUAGGCACACUAUCCAGAAAAUCAUGGGAGUUGAGGAGCAAACAGAUGGGAUGCCUCAUUGUACCUCUGAGACAAUCACAUACGACACACAUACAUGGCCACUGAAGGAACGUCGAAGGAAGAAGAAGAAUGGGGAUGGAGUAGAAGCCAUUGCCUAUAUGAAGAAUCCUUUGCUGAAGGACAUUGAUACAGAGUGUUCAGGGGAAUACAGCAUUACUCCAUAUGCUGUUUCAGCAGGACCCACCACUACACCCACAGCAGGUCAGGUGAAAAGCCACUGCAGGUUCCUCUCCUUGGGUUCUGUAUUGAGUUUUGAUCUACCUAAAGAUAUGACUCUCAUCCCCAGCAUUCAGGACAUCAUUACUAUUGCCCCUCCAGAAUCAAAAAAAGUAGCCGGGACUGAUCCAGACCCUCACUCGCACAAACAAACAUUCCUGAGCUCUUUCAGACAGACUAGACCCACUCCCACUGUCAUGCACGACACUUCAGCUGAAAGCAGCUUUGCUGAGACACAGCUAUCUACAUCUCUUGGGAAACAUCUUCCUGGUGUGGACAGCGGUUUACAACCUCCACCUUCUCCUUCUGUGGAGGAAGAUGAGGAUCAGACUGUACAAUGUAAUGAUUUAUCUAAAACCCAGGUGGCUCUUUGUGAGGAGGAAAAACAGGAGUGGGACAAAACAUUGUCAGAGAUUAAAACCAGCACAGCUGAGAAGGAUGGGACUGUCCAGCCUUCACAGUUGCAUAUUUAUGUGAACCAAACCUCCACCUCCACUACAGCUAUACAUAAACACGAGUGCCUUAGUGUUCAUACACUCAUUAGAGACCUAAAUGGACACCAGUACCACAAAUGUGCAAGACCCCACAGUUUUCAUGAAGAGAGUCCUGGACUUCAGUCAAGCCAAGCUUCCUUCAUGAGAGUCAAUCUGAAGUCAACAAAGAGUGUUCGACAGGACUCUGUGGACUCUGGCAUCUCCACCUCCAGCAGUCUCAAGCUUUGCAAAGAUGAUGCUCCACGUUCUGAUAGCAUGCAGCCUAAAGGAGUGGUGAGGAAGCUUAUAUCUCUUGAAGUGGGAGGUACAGAGUGCACUAAAAUAAGAGAAAAUGAUUCAACAGGUCCACCUUCCCGCUCAGCAGUGAUAGAAACAGAGCCUGUCCACCUUGAUCACCAGCAGUUUGAGGAAGAGGAGGAAGAGCUAGAGGACAUCUGGAACCAGACUACUAACUACAGGCAGAGCAUUUGCUCAGACAUCAUGUACCAGCCCAAUGAGGAAGAGUCCUUACCUUUAGACAAAGCCAAAGAGACACCUUCAGAUACAACUCCGACUGUGCUCUACAGAAACCUUGUCACUGCCUCGGCACCCAACCUUCUUGUGGCUGAAUUCAAACUGCCCACCCACAUUCAGAACCUGCUGGGUUAUGACAAGGGCCAGAGUCCCAAAGAUCACCUUCCUCCACUGUCUAUAGGAGACAGAAGGUCCUGGGCAGCUUUUCCUAACAGGGAGCCAGCCAGCAAAACUUCAGUGACAGUGAACGAGACUGCUUCAGAUCCAGUGAAGCUACCUGAUGUAGGGGACAAUCAGAGAUACAUUUAUCAGUACAAAGAGGAUGAGGAGGAGGAAGAGGAGGUAGAGAAGGCAAAGGUGGGGGCGGAGGCAGACGAGCACACAGGUUGCUUGAAGGACCCGUCAGUGAGUCUUCUGUCAGUUCAUAUGGGUUUGGAUGGGAUCUGUCAGCAAAGGAAAGCCUCACAGAGCCAAGAGGACUUGGAGAAAGCUGAGGAGCAUGUGGCCUCAGGGUGGCACUGUUUCACCUCAAGUGGAAAACCUGAGCUGCAGUCUAUGGAGGGGAUGCUUGAGAGGAAGCACAAGCUGCAGCUGGGAGGGAAGAAAGCAGCCUCCAGAGGUUGGAACUCCUACCACGCUGUCCUAUAUAGACACACCUUGUGCUUCUACCAGGAUAGAAAGGAGACUCUGAGGAGUUCUGCAUGUGGCCUGCCACUGAACCUCAUGGGAGCAGAGUGUUUACCUUUCCCAGAAUACACCAAAAAACCCAACUGCUUUCGAUUAAGGCUCCGUGAUGGGUCUGAAUAUCUGCUUAAUGCAUCUUCACGCUUUAUGAUGAAGAAAUGGAUGAUGAAAAUACAAGCAAGCACAGGUCAGACAGUGUGUAGGUCUUCAAUAUUAGGUGUCCCUUUUAAUGAAGAUCUCCCCAGUUCCUUAAAGCCCCCCUUCUGUUUUGGAUGUCAUGAUCCAGACGGUUGCCACUGUUCCUCUCAACAUGAUGUCACCCAGCCGUUUCCCAGGCACAACCCACCGGGUACCACCCAGACCAAAGAAAUUGUUCUCCUCACCAGAGAGUUGAAUCACAUGCCACAGAGUCACUUCAAGCGUUUGGAUGAACAUUUAAUCUCAUCCUCAGAUGCGGGCUGCUGCGAUGUUGAUAAAGGCAGCUUAAAGCAGAUGAUGACUCACAGACUCUCUGGAGGCUUCAAAGACAACGCCUCUUCCUCUCCCCACUCACCUUUAUGCAGCGGUCAGGACUGGCUAAGUAGCAAGCGUCGCUCCCACUCCUUUACUUCAUCAACUUACCAAAAGAUCAAACCCAUGUUGCGCACCCCUGGAGGCAAAGGCCUGGAAACAGGCUCCAACUACUGUGUGACUCUGGUGGUGGGAGACAAGUCAACAGACAGCGCAUCAGCAAGCAGAAGCUCUGAGCCUCCACUGCUGGCUUUGGCUGGGUGGGAGCAGGACAAAUAUCAGGACACAGCUCUGAGGAGCUACGUGAGCCUGCCGCGGCCACGCAACAAGUCUGUCUUCAAAAAGUUCUUUGGGAAAAGGGACCUCUGAGUUUAUCGAUGAUGAUUUAUAGAGAUUGAAAAAAAUCGUUUCGAAUGUGCAGUGCACAUAUUAAAAACAGUUACUACUGACCAUAUUUAUGAUUAAAAGACAUACCACAGUUUUAUUUUUGACGGAUUUUAUAGAAAUCACUUAGCUGGCUUGAAAGUCCUUAUAAUAAAUCAUUUUUAUGAGUGUUUAUAUUCUUUUUCGCUUUUCUUGUUCAAGCAAAAAGAAGAAAAGUGUAUGUGUGCACUCUGUAGUUGCAGAUUUGAAUCUGUAUUACUUCUUUUUGUUUGAGUAGUAUUUCUCUUUUCUUGGUAAUCUUUGUAUAGAAACCCACCUGCUCAGCAGACGGUCUGUUUAGAAUCCCAGUGGUAUCAUCUUGACCUGGUUAUGACAAGUAUUCACCAUAUCCUCAACUCACGAUGCUCGUUGUACUAUUACAUCUUUACAGCUCCUCUGUUUCACAUGUUUCAUGUGUGUGCGCGUGUGUGUAUGAGUUUGUAUGUGUGCGUGUGGUGCACCAAAAUAAUUUACUUAACCACAGAUCAGCAGUUUGAUACUGCCGAGCUUGUUUGAUACAGAUACUAAUGUAGCAGAGACUAUUAAUAAUAAAACAUAAAAAAAAA